AUGUAUCAGGGAUACCGUCAAGACACAGAGAGAGCACUGCCUCGCAAGGAGCGCUAUCAAAGCUAUGAGCCUCGCUUGCAACAACUGCCACGUCAGAACUAUCAGCAAAGGACCGGUGCAAGCCCACCAUACCGCAAUCGCCAAACAACCCAACCACUGCGCCAGCCAACGCCUGGGCAGCAAACAACAGGAUUGACUUGUUUCCGCUGCGGCAAGACGGGGCACUGGGCAAAAGACUGCUCAAUCCCCAACCCACGACAAGGACCUACAAGUAACAACGUCACUACCAAGCCUGUGGCAACCAAGUCAAACACUACAUGGCUACCCUUCAACCGCUACCAGAAACCGUCCGUGGAAGACGCUCCAGAUGUGGAAGUGAACGUCAUUGUCACGCAAUCCAGGACCAAAGCAUUCACGGAGUCUCCUCCACCAAUUCCUGAUGAAGAGCUUGCAGUCCAAGACGUCUCAAGAUCGGCAGUCAGCACGCCGGAAUGCCCCUCCAGUGCCAAGCCAGUGACGCCACAUCCAAUGAAGCAUCUGCGCAUCACUAAGCCCUGGCACAAUCCAACUGCUGGUCUACCAUCAUACUCAGAGAAGACGUCUGCCACUGCUCGCAUCUGGUUCAAUGGUAAGAAGGCUAGUCAUCUUGCGUGCAUUGACUCCGGGUCUUCAAUCUCCCUCAUAGAUCAGGCUUAUCUAGAGGAGCAUCUGCCGUCGCUGCAGCCCCAACCCUGUUCUGGAUUUAGCAUACAAGGCUUGGGAUCUGGCUCUCAGGUUUGGUCAUAUGUUGACAUCGACACAGGAUUCAUAUCAGACAACAGGCAGCUGCUUGUCAUCAGUCUGCGCUACUAUGUUAGUCCGUUCAACCACACCAAGGUCAUCAUUGGGAAUGAUGCACUUCAUACAUAUGGCGCAACCAUCAACUUCCAGAAGGACCGCAUGAGCUUUGCGGAACACCCCAACAAGCUGUUCCGUAUCUCGGCACAACAGCCCUCCGCCAAAGAUGCUGCAGGAAAGCCAAUGCGCGCUACAGAGAAAGAAUCUUACUAUGCUACCACAGAAAAGGCUGAUGUCAUGGAAUUCAAGAAGGCCCUUGAAGCAGCCAACGUCAAUCAGGAUCUGACGCCAGACCAAGCUCAACAGCUAGAAGAACUGCUUGUUGAGAAUCGCAAGGCAUUUGCCUAUGGAGACCAACAAAUAGGAAGCACAGACCUCAUUAAGUUUGAUGUGGACACAGGAGACGCCGCUCCCAUCAGUCAACCACCGUAUCACGCAAGCCCAGCUGGACGCAAGGUCAUAGAGGAAGCCAUUGAGGAGAUGCUUGCGCUGGAUCUUAUUGAGCCGUGCGACUCAGCGUGGGGCUCGCCAGUUGUGCUAGUACCACAAGGAGAUAAGGUACGCUUCUGCGUUGACUAUCGUAAGCUCAAUGCUGUCACCAAGAAAGACGUCUAUCCUCUGCCAAGGAUAGAUGACACGCUCAAUGUCUUUGCCAACAAGAAGUGGUACACAUCACUUGACGCCAACAAAGGGUUCCAACAGACGGUGUGCAUCAGUACUGCCGUAAUGGAUAAGCUUGCCUUCUGCACGCACAUGGGCCUGUUCCGCCCUAAAUGCAUGCCUUUUGGAGUUGUCAAUGGACCGUCAGUCUUCCAACGACUCAUGGACAUUGUGCUCGGCAAAAGCAAGUGGAAGCACACUAUUGUCCACAUUGAUGACACCAUCACAUACUCAGACACCUUUGAAGAACACAUGGAGCACCUACGUGAUGUACUACAGCGUAUCAUAGCAUCAGGAAUCACACUGUCACUGAAGAAGUCCAACAUAGCGCAGACAUCAAUCAAGGCGCUUGGACACACAAUCAGCAACAUGGGCAUUGGCACCGCGCCGCAUAAUGUUGAAGCUGUCAACAAGUUCCCAACGCCAACCAAUGUGAAAGAACUCCAGCGUUUCCUAGGAAUGGCCGUAUACUACCGACGCUUCAUCAAAGACUUUGCAAAGAUUGCAGCUCCGCUUAACAAACUCAUCAAGAAAGACACCGCAUUCCAAUGGUCACCACAGGCCCAAGACGCCGUCGACACUCUAAAGAAGUGUCUUACAGCUGAGCCUGUUCUAGCUCACCCGCAACAAGACAAACCGUACGUAUUACACACUGAUGCCUCUCUCUCAGGUCUAGGCGCUGUUCUGUCUCAGGAAGGAAAUGAUGGCCACGAGCAUCCUAUCUGCUACCUCUCGCGUCAACUACAGCCGGCAGAGAAGAAUUAUUUGGCUACAGAGAUAGAAUGUUUGGCUGCCGUCUGGGCUAUCAAAAAGCUACAUGUGUACCUGGAUGGAGCGCAGUUCACGCUCAUCACAGACCACACGGCACUACAAUGGUUGUUCAAUUUCAAGGGGAACAACCGCCGCCUUUCCAAAUGGAUGCUAGAGUUGCAGCAUCACCGACCCAAUAUGAAGAUCAUCUACAGACAGGGGCGCGUCCAUAGCAAUGUAGACCCUCUGUCACGAGCAGCAUUACCGGUUCCAGAAGAUGAACCUUGUACAAACAAUGCCGCCAUUACACCGCUUGUUGAGGCAGAAGACCAAUUCUUUGCCACUGUGCGCAAACAAGUACCUCACUGCAAGGAUCUGGCGCCAAUCAUCAAGGAGCUACCACCACCAUCAAGCGGAGCCGAGACUCCAGCUCACCUUAGCGCUUACACGUAUCAUGAUGGAUUACUGUGGAGGCUACACCCAACCACCGGCGCAAAAGCUCUGGCUGUGCCCAGUCCCGCCAACAACACCAACUUGCGCCUGCAGUUGCUGCAGGACUUCCACAAUGCACCACUGUCAGGACAUCUUGGCGUGUCAAAGACGUUCAAUAAGCUGUCGCACAUGUUCUGGUGGCCAAGCAUGUUCAAGGACGUGCAAGACUUUGUGAAGUCAUGCGGAUCGUGUCAGCGCAACAAAGCCAGCAAUCUGCAAAGCGCCGGACUUCUCCAGCCUCUUGCAAUCCCACCGCGACGCUGGCACACCGUGACGAUCGACUUCACAGGCCCCUUUCCUGUGGACAAGGAUGGCAACAACACGCUCAUGGUUGUAGUUGACAAGUUCACCAAGCGCGCUCACUUUGUGCCAAUGAAGUCAACGGCAACUGCUGUUGACAUAGCAACUCUCUUCUUCCGAGAGGUUGUGCGACUACACGGGGUUCCAACAAUCAUAGUGUCAGACGGCGACGCUCGAUUCACCUCGCUGUUCUGGAAAGCGCUGUGCAAGAAGAUGGGCACAAAACAAGCCAUGUCAACCGCCUUCCACCCACAGACAGAUGGACAGACAGAACGGCUGAACCGCGUAGUCAAGGAGAUGAUCCGACACUACAUCUCGUAUCAACAAGACAACUGGUCUGAGCAUCUCGACGCUUUGGAGUACACGUACAAUGAUGCUACGCAUGCGUCAACUGGCCGCACACCGUUUGAACUAGAUCUUGGGUACCACCCAACCUUGCCGCUACGCCGCUGGAAUGCUGUGGAUAGCACGCCAGCUGCGCUUGAAGAGUUUGCCCGCAACCUGCAAGCAAGUGCAAUUGCGGCUGCUGAUGCUCUUGCUGCUGCUCAGGUAACGCAGGCAAAGCAUCACAACAAGCACAAGUCAAGUAAAGGAUAUAAGGUUGGCGACUAUGUCAAACUUUCUGCGCGGCACAUCCACCCAGACUUUGACCAACGCCGCAAGUCGCGCAAGUUACUGCCAAAGUACUACGGACCAUACGCCAUGACUGCCAAGGUUGGGCAGAAUAGCUAUCGAUUGAAGCUUCCCGAUAACCUUAAGAUCCACAACGUCAUCAAUAUGCAGCAUCUGGCGCCAUUCCACCAGACGCCUUCCCGCUUUGCGCUGCGCCAGGAACCGCCGCCGCCGCCGGUGGAGGUUGAUGGUCAUGACGAGUACAUUGUUGAACGUAUCUUGGAUCAGCGCACACAUAGGAACCGACAACAGUUCCUGGUCAAGUGGAAAGGAUACAAAGAUCAUGACAAUACUUGGUCGCCACUUGAAGACAUCAAGGACACUCAGGCCUAUGAAGACUUCCAGGCCUUGGGUGGCAUCAGCGCUUAG